CACUUUCACACUCACUGUAUUUUCUUUUCUUAUAGAAAAAGAAGUAGAAAAUUUAGGUUAAAAUUUUGGUCGUACUGUCAAAAAAGUGAAAAAAAGUUUAUUUUUUACUUAAGAGCAAUUAUUAUGCUAAAAAGUUUUUACAUGUAAGACCAUUUUAAUCCGUCUCCAUGCCGCAGAAUAUGGGUUCAAAAGAUAAAAGUAUAGGGGAAACCCUUAAAAAUAUAUUUAAACGAAAUAAGGGUGCUCUAGGCAGUUUAGGAAGUCGCAGCGAAGUUUUGGUUAUAAAUGACGAAUUACUUAAAGAUUUAGGUAAAGAUUCUCCACUAAAUACAAGACUGAGGAUAUUAAAAGAAUACAGUACCAGGGUAGCUGAAAACAAAUUAGAAAAUACUGCUGUAGAAAAAUUAUGGAAAGCUAUAGAAGAUCUCUUCAGUCCAGAAUAUUCAACAGAAGUGCGCCAUUUAGCCUUUCAUUUCUUACAAUGCCUUCUAAGAGGCCAACUAAAUUUAAACGACCUAAAUGAAAUUAUGAGAGCCAUAUUUUUUCAUUUCAUUACACAACAUAGUCAUCCUGACGAUAUCAUUCAACGAUUCGACUUGCUGAAUAUUCUUACACAAAAUGGCAUAACUCUGUUGCAUUUCGAAGAAAAAGUUGGCAGAUUUUUAUUGAACUGGUUACCAGAUAUAUCCCAAGCGGGAAAGAUAGAGGAGUACUUGACAAUGCUGGAUAAUUUGGUGAGAUAUAACGCUGCCUAUUUGGACGAUGAAGUUAUUUCAGGUUUUAUACAGCAUAUCUGUGUUUUGUGCUGUAGCUCCAGUUCCAAGACAGUUCAAUCAUGUCUGCAAAUUAUGUCAUCAAUAGUAGCCUAUAGUAACAUGCCGCCUGAAUCUCUACCAAAAUUUAUUGGAGCUCUUUGUAGAACUGUUAACGUAGAAGAGUAUUGCAUGCUGAGCUGGACGGUUAUGAAGAAACUUCUGGGGACACAUAUGGGGCAUUCCGCAUUAUAUACAAUGUGUAGAAUUUUACAAGAACCUGCUCUUAGUUCAGAUGCAGAUCUACUUAGAGGUGCCGUAUUUUAUACGCAUAUGGCCUUAUGGAGCUCGGCUCCACUAUCGAAUUUACAUUGUCCUCCUAGUUCUGUUCUACCAUCAUUUUUACAGGCUGUUAAAUGUAACCAUGCAGCAGUUGCUUACGAGGUAAUCCUAGGUUUGAAAUGUCUGGUAAAUAAACAGGGUCCAGAGCUUCAAGAUCCGGCGUGGUCCAUUUUGUUAGAAAUUAUUUCACACAUUUUGUGUCACAUUGAUCUAACAUCAAGCCAAUCACCCAAUAGACUAAUAGUGACUCCACUACACGACACCUUAAAUUUCAUAGAACACCUAAUGAAAGUUGACAGCUACAACGGGUCAGUCAAACAGUUCUACGGCAUAAUUGAAGAAUGUUCCGCAGAUAGACCCGAAAGUUCAAUAUUGGGCCUUAUAGUUCACCACGCUCAAAGUAUAGUUCCCACGGAGCAUCUAUGGUUGACGAAUCUGUACAAUUUACUACAGAAAUAUUUUAAGCUUGAAAUUCGAAAAAAUAUCAGACUAAAGGUUUUAGAAACUUUGUCACAUGUAAUCAAACUGAAUAGGAGGCAAUAUGAAGACGAACUUAUAGAUCGCAUAGUAGUACCACAUAUGGCUAAUAUUAAUUAUAACACCGAUAUAGUCGUAAGAUCUUCUGUGGCUAAUCUGCUAAUCGACCUUUGCCUUGAAUGCGAAUCAAAAAAGUGUCUGGAUCUGUUAGAUAUUCUGGAAAAGAUGUUGCUCAGACCUUUCGAUACUUACCUAUCGGAUAAUAGUUCCCAUUCAGAUGCAGAGUUUGCCGAUAUAAAGUGUCUUGUGGAAGGACUUAUUAAAGUUUUUAUAGUAAAGAUUCACAAGUUACCAUCUACUCAUGCCAUCAAAAUCUAUAAAAUGUUAGUCAAAUUUUUGGAACUUCACUAUAAUAAACCGAGGUUAUUUGAAAAUUGUCCGAUCGUUAGGAAAAUGAUUUUUGAGUGUUUCCUAAAAAUAAGAGCAGAUAAUUUGUACCAUAUCGGUUAUCAGGAUGGAAAAGACCUUAAAUUUAGUUCAUACAUAUGUGUUGUCUACAAAAGUACCGAUAGAGGAAAUCUGGGGUCUCCGGUUCCUCAAUCUCCCGCCCCAAUUCAACGACUGCCUGUUACUGUGACACCUGUAUCUCUUAAAGCAGCUUUCAAGAUAUUUAUAACCUGUCUAAAAACGGAAAAAGAUUGGGAAGUUCUUAGUUUAGUAAUAACAGAAAUGACGAAAAUUUUACAAAACAAAUCCCUCAUUUUAUCGAAAAACGGCAACACUGAAUUGGAUCUACUGGUUGAUGUUCUCACAUCAAUGAUUACUGAGAAAAUAUACAAUCUACCGGAAUCCCUUAAUGUACUUGUGUCAAGAGCUGAUUUCCACGCCACUGUCCUGCUAGCAGUAGUGAAUCUAGUUUCCUAUCACAGCGUCUUAGAUCAAAUACACCAACAGAAACUUCUCCGAUGUCUCAUCAAAUGUUCCAACUCCAUCGGCCCGAGGAGUUCCAAACACUGUAUAGCUGCAUUGACGCUUUGCUGUUUGGAAAUGAGAGAAACGAUGGUUAAGUGCCUGCCUGAGGUACUGCUUAAUUUGUCCAAGAUUUCUGCAACUGUUCACAUUGGUAUACCAAUUUUAGAAUUUUUGUCGACCUUAACCCAGCUACCGUUGGUAUACACAAACUUUGUAGCUGAUCAAUAUAUGUCGGUGUUCGCUAUCUGUCUGCCGUACACAAAUCCUUUCAAAUACGACCAGUACACAGUAGCCCUGGCCCACCAUGUGAUAGCUGUUUGGUUUUUAAAAUGUCGUUUAUCAUAUAGAAAAGAUUUCGUAAAGUUCAUUAUAAAGGGCCUACAGACAAAUAUUUUACAUCCAUUCGAAGAAACCAAAUCUAGCAUAUUCAAUCAAAACCUGAGCGAAUUAAACCAGGAUAGUUCUGAUCGCAAAAGAAGUUCUAGUUUAACCGAGCAGGGAUCGAGGAAAAGAUCGGCAACAGUUUCCUCGGUAAGAGACAAGCCAGUCGUCCAUAAAGGUCCGGAUAAAUUUUAUUUUUAUGAGGAGCUUACUGAAACCUGUACGGAUCUUAUGGCUAGGUACGCGUAUUCACCGUGUAGUGCUCUUCCACAGAGACUGCCUGUUGCUGAGUUUCUUAUGAAUGGAGGGCAGAGUAUGUGUUGGUUGCUAGGCAAUAAAAUCAUAACGAUAACAACUAGUGGAUGUUCUAAAAAAAUACUAAAGAAUGGUCUUUGCGACAAAUGCUGGAGUUUGUGCAGCUUGCAAAACGAUAGUAGAAAAACCAAGACUGGACGUAGUGGUAGCAACGAAAUGGAAGAUUUGGAUUGGAUUUCUAGACAAAAUUCCAACGAUAAAUCGAACACUAAUACUUCCGUUAGUUCUCCGGCAGAAGACAAAAAAAAUAUUGGCGAUAAAUUGGAGAUAGUUUCCUCAAAAUUACAACAAAUUGCUAGUAGUUAUAGACAAGAGAAAGAAACGUGUAACUGCUGGUGCUCAGGUUGGGCAGAAAUAUAUAUUAGAAGACCUACAGGAGAUAAUUCUUGGGUGAUGCGAAUACAAAACACAAUGAGCUUUACUAAUGCUAUUUAUGACUUUCCCUUAAAUGAAGUAUCGACAUUAUUCAGACCUUCAUUGCAUUUUGAAGACGCAAAUCCUCAUAGAAGACCUCCCCUAACUAGACAAUUUUCUGAGGAGCAAAAAGAGGAAGAGGAAAAAAAUUCAGCGAACUCUGGCUCAAAUCCUAGUUUAACAGGUUCUCCAAAACAUACACCUUCCAGGCAAAACUCCCACGAUAGCGUCGACGAAGAAUUAGACAGUAUUUACGACGACGGGAACCGAUCAAGAAAUCCCGUUCGUCGAUCUAAUUCUAGUCCCGAGAUGUCGGCGAGUUGGAAAAACCCUUUUCUCCAUCAAAAAAUGUCAUCGGACGAGGAUCUGAAAAAUUCCGACGAUGAAGGAGGUAAAAAGAACAAAGGUUAUACGAAAGAUAUGAGAGUUAGUUGCGAAGCUAUUCCUGAAGAAAUUGCUGGAUCUGGUACAACUCCACCAUCAAAUGAGCCAGUAGCCUUACCGAAAGCAGACCAAUCUCAAACUGGUUAUACUACCUCCCUCCAUCCUUCUCUCUUGAGUUGUCACAGCUAUCCAGGUUCAUCGCCCCCCAAAGAAAACAUCCCUCCCAAACCGUACCAAACUGUUCCUCCUACUCCUAAUGUAACAUCGUUCAGUAAUCAACCUCCAGAGUUUAUGAAACGACCAACAAAUUUGCCAAACUUGGGCAACUUAGUUCCAUUAAGCAGUAAGCCACCUCAGAGUCCCACUCAGACUUCUCCGAGGUUCGGUAGACACGCAUACGGAAUUGCCAAAGACAAAGAUGGUCGAGAUCUACAAAAGAGUUCCUCGGCUUCGACAAUAGAGAAAAACACUACCCUAAAUCUAAACUGGGCCAGAGAACGAGCGAGAGAACGUAAAAACAGCGGUAGUGUGGAAAGACUGACUACAUUAGAUCCCAAUUUAGCACAAAAACGUGAUAGAGUAUUUACAAUCUCAACUAGUCAACCAUCGACUCGGAAAUCCCGAUCGGAGAUGGCACAGGCAGCACAGCAAAAGAAGAAGCAAGAUGAUGCUCCGAAGAGUGGCAUCAAUCCGAGUUUUGUCUUUUUACAAUUUUGGCACACUGCCAAAUUUGGAAGUAAGAGUGAACGGCCUGUAAUGCUCAAAGUAACGGAGGUUGUUAACAGAGCAUUUAAGGUUUUAGAUGCCAUUCCCCCUUACGAAACCCAUAAGAUAGGCGUUUUGUAUGUUCGUGAAGGACAAAUCAACUCCGAAGUUGAAAUAUACAAAAAUCGAUUUGGUUCUUUAAGAUAUGUCCAAUUUUUGCAACAGCUGGGCACUCUUGUGAAAUUAUCCGACGUCGACCCUCAGACGUUUUUCCUUGGUGGAUUAGACCAGCACGGAAAUGAUGGAAAGUUUGCCUAUAUAUGGCAAGAUGACGUCACUAGGGUAAUGUUUCAUGUAGCUACAAUGAUGCCCAAUAAGGAAUCGGAUCCGACUUGUAACAAUAAGAAGAUGCACAUCGGAAAUAAUUUUGUUACUAUAAUUUACAACGAAAGUGGUGAAGAUGUUAACAUAAGUACUUUUAAGGGUCAAUUUACGUUUGCUUGUAUAAUUAUUCAACCAUUAGAUAUGGGUAUCAACAGAGUUACCGUUAAGGUAAAAGAAGAACUAGCUAAUUUGAUUGCCUCUAGCGAACCAAAAUUAGUAUCAGAUCAAAAUGUGGGAAUAUUCGCAAGGCAAAUAGCUCUACACACUAACAUGGCAUCUAUAGUAACAAACAGUUUAAAACAUCCCAACGAACGAUCAGCCUCAAAUUGGAUGGGAAGAUUAAGACAGAUUAAAAAAAUCAGGAACAGAGCUAUUCAGGAUCAGAAGAACAAUGAAAGCAUUUAUCAAAACGAAGAAAGAAAAGAAAAAACAAACGAAGAAAGCAAAAACAAAUAUAUGGAAGAUUUUACACAUUAUACAUAAACUCUAUAUUUUUAAUAUCUUUAAGAUUGUAAUUUUAAAAAUACAAAUGUGAAUAUUUUAUUUCAUAAAUAACAGACUGAACUAUUGGUUUUUAAAUUUUCACACAGUUUGAUACGUUUCUUACUUAGUUUACUUAAGCCGUCCUCUUAUUUAUAUCUUACAGUGUUGAGGAAAGCGAAGAAAUCAUAUCCAUACCUUUCGGUUAGUAGCUAGUCUCUCUUUCUUUCUCCACCCAAUAUUUCUUUUUUGCGAAAGCCUUCCCAACGUCUAUGUUCCAUGUUCUUGCUGGCCUCUUCGUCGUUUUUAUCUAAUGCAGCUUUCCAUACCUUACAGUUCUACCUUCACUCGUUCUCGACAUUUAUCCGAACCACGAUAACUGUUUCAGUUCAAGUCUGUCUAAGGUCAUUCCUAUACCGCACCUUUCACGUAUUACAUCGUUUCUUAUACGAUCACGUCUGGUCACCUAGGUUAACGCUCGUAAAUAUCGCAUUUCUCAAGCUUGCAUUUUACUACGAAUGUUGUCGUUCACUGUCCACGUUUCACUACCGUAGAGUAGUAUACAGUUUUAAAUACUUUCAUUUUUGUUUUCAGGCUUAGUUCUUUCUUCCUAACAAGACUUUAAUUUAGCGCAUAGUAGAAUUUUGUUGCACUCAUUACCUUGUUAUUUAUUUCUGGUUGGGAGGAUGUUCCCAAGUGUCCAGUAUUUAGUAGGUUGUUUUCCAGGUUAAAUUUAUAAUGUUAUGCAGUAGUGUUACUGCGACAUCUGGCAUGUAUUUUAUCAUUUCCGGCUUACUAUUAAGGCGGGUUCUCAUUAGUCAGCCUCAUUGAUAAAUAGCGCUGAUUCCAUGCAACUGAACAUAGAAUUCAAAUUCACUCUAUUUCAAGGAUAUUAAAGUCGGUCUACAAAAUGCUAAUUUUAAAAAUGGCUGCAAAGAAGAAAAUUAUCCGUGCUGGCUUGACUGACUGUCUUUUGCGACGGAAACAUCUCUUAAAAAUGCAUCAGCUUGGCCGAACCAAAACAGUUUGGGUUUAUGCAGAUCAUCUGUUCCCGUAACACUUUUAUUUGCUUUUAAUGUUUUAUUCAGUUCAACUUUAUAUGCUGUCCAGGUACUUUUAAUUUUAUUUUUAAUAUCGUUUAUAGUCAGGGCUUCUAUUUCUAUUCCACAACAAAUAGCUUCGUAGCUUUUUUCCCGCUUUAUUAUAUUUUUAUAUUGUUCACUUAUAAUAUUCCGUAUGCACUCCUCUCUCUGAUAUAAUUGUAGAAACAUGCAAAUAUGGUUAUCUCUUAAUUUAAAAUUUGACUUGUUUUACAAAGAAUUAAUUCAUAUACAGUUGAGUCCACGAGUCUUUACUCGUGCGUCAUCUUUUAAAGCAUACGAAAUAAGUCGGAAAUUUACUAAACGCAACAGCAAGUGACAGAAAGUGGGUAUUAUUCCGAUCACGGGUUAUAAUAUAAAAUUUGACGUUAUCAAAUAAAUAGAAUGUCAAAUUUAAGUUUUGCUUUAAAAUUUUGGUGCAUAAUUACAGCUACAUUUGAAGUAGCUUAAUAAAUUCUUUUAUUAUCAUUGAUUAAUAAAUAAAUAAACAAUUUAUGAAAAAACAUAUUUUCUUUUUGUUUUUUUAUUCACUUUGGCGGAACAUUAAACAUAAGCAUUCCUUAACUGUGUCAAUGAGGUUACUUUGUACGUUGUCAAAUUUAAUCGUAAAAUAACAUAAACUUAACAUUAAAUUUCAAAUUCCAAUAUAAAAUUAGUUGUGACAACAACUGUUUGUAUACUAUAAAAAACUUCAAACUGCAAAAAUUCGACAAAAUACCAGCAAAAAAUUCAACAAACUGACAGUCACAAAGGUAAACCAACCAAAACGUCAGAAAUUGUACUUCAAAUAUGUAAAAACAGGCGGUAACUGGUUUGUCAAUAGUUUCAUGCGUGGAAGAGAAUGAUGCUAGAUUAAAAGUAUGUGUUUUAUCUCGCCAGGUAUUAAUGACGCACGGGUAAAGACUCGUGAACUCAAGUGUACCUCAUAUACUAUUAUCCUCUGUCAAGCACUGUUCUAUCUGAUAGAUUCACUUCCAUUGAUACAGCAAAAGUUGAAAUACUUUUCACUUUUAUUGAAAUACCAUAUGAUCGAACAAUAUCGCUGAAACGAGGUUCAUAUUAAUCUACUUUAUUUCUAUGGCGUAGAAUCAAGGAUAUUGAUCAAUGAGGUUGAUUAAUGAGAACCCGCCUUUAUCUGAGCAUGCUGGUUUCCCCUUCUUUAAUCUGCUUAUCGAUUCGUAUGACUUAUUUUAAUGUUAUUUCAUCUUUUGAACCUACGUAAUAUUUUUCUUUCAAACACGUCUAAUGCAUUGGCAGAUUUCUGUGUUUCAACCCAUGUUUCACAUCCAUAACUUACUAUGGGCCUGAUUAUUGUCUUAUGGGCUCCGUGCGUGACCAUGGUGGGAAUACACGAAACUAUGUCAGUGCCCGUAGCGGCGAAAUAUGACAACUUUGGCGAAUAAUGCUGCCGUCGUAAGCAAAAACGCAGUAUCUACACUGGAAAUUAACACUGUAAAUUUACAGUGUAGAUACUGCGUUUUUGCUUACGAAGGCAGUAUACCUAAUAUAUUAUAAAUACAAUAUACUGCCGUCGUAAGCAGCAACGCAGUAUCUACACUGUAAAUUUACAGUGUUAAUUUCCAGUGUAGAUACUGCGUUUUUGCUUACGACGGCAGAAUGAUUGAAUAAUAUUUUUUUCAAUAAAUAUUUCGCUUACCUUAUUAUUGCCGUUUUGAUUUUUAUUAUUUAUUUUUAUAUUUUCAUACUGACUUUCUUUCCUUCCCCUAUCUGAUGGUAUAUUCCUAUCGUCAUCUAUUUCCAUUUUGUGUUACACACACACACACACACACCACAAAAGUAAUAGUUCAAUAGACCCAGCUGGUAAUAAUAAUUCACACUGUCUAAUGUUAACAUUAUUAAUGUAUGUACACUUACUUAAUGUUAACACCGACAACUAAACUAUAACGAAAAAGUGAAGAAAAACCCUUAAAAUUGAUAUUUUCUUCAGAGAACUUUACAAUAUCCGUUUUUUGAUUUGACACUACAACUUAUUGUUUGUAUAAUAAAUUUUAAUCAAAAAUCGUAAAUAAAAAUAUUACAUUAACGUCAAAUAAGUCAUAUGUGUAUCAUAUUAUGUUUAACGUCAAAUUGUGUUCACCAAAAAAUUCAGGCGACUACGCUAGGUAUCGCGUCAGUCAUGCACGGAGCGAAUAGACCCGAAGUUUUGUAUUCCGAUGUACGUCUCGCGAUUUUAAUAUGUGGCCCAUCGCGAAAUUGGUUUUAUUUGCCAGCAUAAGCCUUCUAUUUAUUUCCGGUUCUUCUUCACUGUUUGCGACCAGGUCCAUUCCUAAGUACGUGAAUUUAUUCACGUGUUCUAUAUCGUCUAUAAAGAGUUGUUGCGCCGGUCUAUUUGAUCUGGUUUUUAUGAGUAGUUUUGUUUUAUUUGUAUUUAUUGCUAACCCUACAGCUUCUGAACUCUGUUUUAACCCCACGUAGGUUUCUUCCGCAGCAAACAUAAAAUAUGUUUGAAAAGGAUCUGUUGAUUUAUUAAAUAAUUUUGUGGAAAUUAAAAAAAAACGUUGAUUUCUCGUUUUUGUUUGUGUGAAUAUUUGCUUAUGCAAAAGUGCAGCUUAUAGACAUCGUGUUUUAUUCUACAAAGUAAAUAUACUUUUUUAAUUCCCAUAAUGUGACCAAUAGCAGCACUUUAAUAAACUUUUAAGACUUUAUUUCUUUUAUGAUAUAGGUAUUAUAUUUAUACAAAAUUAAAGUAUUAAGGAUAUAGAUGUAAGUAAAGAUGUAAUUUGUAAAGAUAUAAUAAUUGUAAAUCAAUCAUAACGACUUGCAAUAUGCAAGUUAUUUCUGUUUAUGUUCAUUUUGAAAAUGUAUUUGUCAUGUGUUUAAAUGUUAUUUGUAUUCAAAUAAAAAUGUCGAAACGAUAAAA